GACCCCGGUGAGAAGAACGGUAGGGCAAAAUUAAAGGCGUUAUAUUGAACACUAACAUAUUUUCAUAUGGCAUUCUAACAAGGAUGUUAAAGGAAUUACGACAGAAAAUAGCAUGUGAAUGGGUAGAUAGUAGUGAACAGAAUUAUAAAACAGCUGGUAGAAUAAACAGAUGACAGAUGAAACAUAGAAGCAACGUUGCUGAUAAACGUUCUAAGCGGCAAAUAAGCGAGUGGAAGGCCUCCUGCAACUUCGAGCAUCAGUGUUCUCACCAUGCCGCAUUGGACCAUGUGAUCAUCUGUGCGCGCAUCAUGUCAUCUGCAAACAUACACACCCAUAAUUAUCCCACAGGAGAUACCUGGGACAAUGAAUGCUUUGCUUCUAAGGGCCAGAGAAAGUACUCUGACAAGUACAUGAACAGGACCAACAGGCAGAAAUCCCAAAACAAUCGCCUCUCUCACACAGAUGCCAAGAUCAUUGAGCAAGGGAAACAACGGUGGCAGGACAAAUGCAAUUCACUCGUAACAUCCCGCACGCAGAAGAAAAAAGAAACUAAACCUCAAACCGUUAAUUUAAAUGUUGACUUCUUAGCAAACUUCAAGAUAGCCCCUGUAGUAAAAGCUGACCAGCUUGUAUCAUACCGAACCUUUAUGGGGUUUACUUGUCCUUGCUUCCCAGAAAGUCGGAAAAAUAUUACCUCAGAAAAUAUUUUACAAGACUCUCUGCAAAAUGUCCUCAAUAUUCGAUCUGAGCUGAGACAUCCAAACAGAUUUGAAUUGCUAUUCCCAUACCUGGCAUAUAGCUUGCAAAGGAAAAGCCCCUAUGUCUACCCAGAUUUGUCUCUAUCGGUACUCAUAUCCAGCAGAGUACAAGAUGCCGUCCAGCAAAAUGUGCAAAAGACAAUUGAAAGUGAACCAAAUGCUAAAAUGGAAAAAAUCCUGAAGAUUGAAAAGCAGCGUUCCAAAAAGAUCAUUGAUCGAAUGAAAGCCUGUAUAUCAUACUGGUCAGUGAGCCUCUUUGGUUACUCCUUGUUCAAGUUCCUUGGGUUAAUAUUACGGAGCCUCCAGGUUCAUCGGUCGCAGUUGAAUAUAAUUAAAGAUUUAGAGCAGAAAGGUCAUCCCAUAAUCUUCUUACCUUUACAUAAAAGCCAUCUUGAUUACAUUAUUGUCACUUGGAUAUUGUGGAUUCAUGACAUGCGAGUGCCUUAUGUAGCAGCAGGGGACAAUCUGAACAUCCCUAUUAUUGGGCCAAUAUUAAGGGCUUUGGGAGGAUUCUUCAUCCGAAGACGGUUAGACACAAAUGGCAAAAGAGAUCUCAUCUACCGAUCAGUGUUACAGUCAUACAUGCAAGAACUUCUCCAGGAAGGCCAGUCUUUGGAAUUCUUUAUAGAAGGAGGAAGGAGUCGAAGUGGCAAAGCUCUCUACCCAAAAGGUGGUCUGUUGUCAGUUAUUGUUGAUUCAUUUCUUCAAAGUUGCAUACAAGAUGCCUAUAUUGUACCCAUCAGUAUCAGUUAUGAGAAGUUGAUGGAGGGUAAUUUUAUUGAUGAACAAAUGGGCUUACCAAAACAGAAAGAAAGUGUGUGGGGCACAAUCAGGGCUCUACUUCAUCUAUUCUAUGGUGAUUAUGGCAACAUAAGGGUUGAAUUCCCGCAACCAUUCUCUUUAAAGGAAUUUAUUGAGUCAUACAACAUUGAUAACAACAUAGUCAUGCCGAACCUGUUGCCAGCUUUAACACCUCCAGUCAAUGGAGUGUCACCAUCAUCCAUGUCUAGCAGUCUAUCAAGUAGCACCUCACUUUGCAUGUUCAACGUCAGCAAAGAAGCCAGAGAUUUGGUGCAGAGUUUGGCAGAGCAUAUAGUUUACAGUUCUGUAUGUAGUACCGUACUGAUGAGUACCAACAUCUUGGCAUUUUUGCUUUUAACAAAAUACCGCCAGGGUGCCACUUUGAAAGAGCUAGCAGACAGCUUCAAAGAGCUGACUGACCUUGUGAAGAGCCGGAACCGAGAUAUUGGUUUCUCUGGAAAAUCAGAAGACAUUGUGCUAUACGCAGCCGCUAUGCUGGGCAGCAAUGUCCUGAAAAGGAGUUUUACCGAGAUUGGAGAUGUGUAUUUUAAACCCGCAAUCAGUCUACCUUCAGUGUUUUCCCUCAGUUACAACAGUGCACCUGUAACAAAUGUGUUUGCUAUGGAGAGUGUUAUUGUUGGUGCUUGUUUCUAUGCCGGAAACUUCAGCCUAUCUGAUGUCGGCAACUCAAUGCAGAGGACUGAUAUAUCUGUGAAGAGAGAGGAGCUUUUUGCCGCAUCACAGGUUCUUUGUCAGCUCUUCAAGUUUGAGUACAUCCUGUCUCUGGGCUGUAUGCAGAUUGAUGACAUUAUCACCGAUGCCCUGGAUCUUUUGGUGAUGGAUGAAGUGUUACGGAUACCAGCUUUAGAGGUAACCAACCGGUCUUCCAAGAAAGGUAUUGAUAUAUUCUCUCUCGGAGAUGAAGACGAUUUCCUACAAACCAAUAACACCCUAAUGGUGAACACUUCCCAGGAUGAAUGUAUAGAAAAAUUAAAGUUUUACCAGCAAGUACUGAUGCCUGUAUGCGAAUCCUAUCUGGUCACUGCAAACCAUGUUAAAACACUCAUGGAUUCUGAUAUGGAAGAAGAGAAGUUUAUGACAAGUCUCCACAAUAACGCCAAGGAGAGGGCACAGCGUAAUCUCACAAAAUGUAGCGAGUCGGCUGCACAAGAAACCCUGAAGAAUGCAGUGAGGGCGUUACACGAUCUCCGCAUUAUCACGACUUACCAUCGCGAUGGCGAUAAGAAUAACCCCAAGCUUGUGAGCCUGUUGUGGGAAAACGACGUAAGGCAGCGACUCUAUGACCUCAUCGACCUGCUCGAACACAUGCGCGAAUGAACUGUGUGCACCAGUGCACCACUUACAUACCAGCAUCUCUUGUCUGCAUUGCAGACGUAGACAUAACACCUGUCUCCAUUUGUAACUCUUUGCACCCAUUACAUAUAGUAGUUUAUUAUUAUUAUUAUCAUUAUUAUUAUUAUUA